AUCAAUCACGAGGUGGCCGCACACCACAGCAGAGAUCACUUUGUUAUCGUUUGCGUUUUCUUGCACACUCGAUAGGUUUGCUCCUGUAGACGGCGAGCGAGACACUACGCAUUUUAGUUGUUCACUAGGUAACCGCGGUGGGCCGUGUACGCUGCUCUCACAACAGUGACAGCCAGAAAGUGAGCAAAGCUGGUGGUAUUUUAGGGCAACAGGAGCUGAAGAUAAAAUCACCAUCUUUAUCGUAAUUCCAUCGCACGAUAGUUACAGCUGAUCGGGUUUGUUCCCGCCGUUUUUGCUGUUCCGUUGGAUACGUGUAGACAGGCAUUAAUCUGUUUUGCCGGUUUGAUUGGUCUGGCUGGCAGCACUGGUGUUGUUAUGUUGUGGGGUACAGCUUUUCAAGUGCAAAACACGGAGCAAGUGUAGAAAAUGGCACAAGCAAGCGAGGCGCGCAAUUGGCAAGUGUGAUAUGGUGUAAGAUACACUGACUGACUAGACUUAGCAAGCAUAGUGUCGUUACGCGGCAGAUCAGGAGGAAUGAUACCGUCACGAUCGUUCAAUCACCCAAAUAACGUCUCGUACGGAAGAUCAUCCAUCAGCACGAUCCAAGCAACGUAUAAACCAACGGGCACAGGUUUGCCAGGCACACCAGACACAUCCAGCGGGCUGUGUAAUGAAUACACGCCUACGAUGCGUCCACCGGAGCAUCAAAAUUCGUGGAAUGUGCCGGCCUCGAAUGAAUUCAACUGUUCAUCGCCGUCGGUCGUUUCGUUGCUGCUAGAGACGGACGACAACGACGAAGAUCCGGUACCGGUGCUUGUUAACGAAAAUGAUCCAUCGGAACAUGUGGUCGUGAAGGAUGGAUACACGUUUUACAUACGCUACGUAGACGAACCAACUUCCGAGGGACCGCUAGAGGAACGCAGCUCCGCAGACGAAGACGCUUGUGAGGUGGAAAGUCUCCCCUCAAUUUCGAACGAACUGUCCAGGCUGAUGGACGAUAUUAUGCUUCCAGAAGGUGCCAUAACUACGCUCGAACACACGGAAAGUUCAGCGCGCGACUGGAUCAAUUAUGACGAGCUGCCUUUACUGCUGAAUCGGCAAAAACUGCAGCAGCAGCAGCAGCAACGACGGUCUGUGACGUCGACGGGUCAUGUUUCGCUACCCGCAAGUGACACAUUGGUUGAGAAUGAGCGUAGCAAAGACUACGCUAACGGGUCGGUAAAGACGGCCGAAAGCCAACCGGCAAGUAAUGCUGGCUUUAGUGGCUGUUAUGAAAUGUUCCCACCGUUUACCGCUACGCCGCCGCUACCUUCGCUGGAAGGAUUUUCGCAGCACAACGGAUCAGGUCUUCUGAAAAACGGCAGCAGCAACAGCAGCAGCGGACAAACGCCGAACGCUACCAUGGUGCCUGAUUUUAGUCACUACUGCGUGGAGUGUGAAAAGUUUUUCCCAUCGAACGAUUUGCUCCAAGUGCACAUGGAAUUGAACCAUCGACUGUUUGGUGACGAUGAAUCGUUGAUCGCAAUGGCGACAUCGACACCGCAGCGAGCAGCCUUCGGUCAGCCGCCGAACGGGUACGGUGGACGUUCCGGUGCAUUAGUGUGGCCGUGUGCAGCGAUCGUAGACUCCACUAACCAGUGUCCGAAACGGGCAUUUUUCUGUGAUUCAUGUAACAUAUCGUUUGACCUGGUGGAAAGUUACUACAUGCACAACAAUAGUGUCCACGGUGGUGUCGGAGCACUCGGUACCGACUAUCGAUAAUGGUGAGGGAAGGAAAACCGAUGGUUCAAUUAUGAUUACAAUAUUCUCAACGCUAAUGUGUACCUUAAUUGUAGAACAAUUUUUUUUCCGGCGAAAUACUUACAAUUUUUGUACGGUAUGGAAGCCAAUAUAACGAGGCCAUUGAAAUUAGGAAAAGGGCGGUUAUGAUGGUGAGCAACAAAUGGGAUGCUCCCAAGAAGAUGGUUAGUUAAAUAACAAAAAUUGCCGAAUGAAAUACGGUCCAAAGCAUGGAAAAGAUGAGCGAAUGUUACCACCAUAUGAUAGGUUUGUUAAUUUUUUUUUUAAAUGAAUUGUUUAGAUAAUGAUAACGGAUUCGUACAGUUAUUUUAUGUAGAUAAUACUAUCUAAAAAAAUAAAGAAAAACAUUUCCUAAUAA